ACAGUCCAUGAAGAGACAAGGAGCAGCUUCUUCGGAUGCACUAUUUGAACUAGUGUAUGAGGCAAUUCAAUCACCGAUGAAAAGAACUAGAAAUACAGGUCAUUCAGGAGCGUCAAGCACCAGCAAGAGCUGGCCUUUUUUGUGUAAGAGGCCGUUGUUAUGUGGCAUUUGGUGUUGAACAGACGAGGACGUUUAACCCAUGAUAGCAAAGGAUUUUCUGGAAAACUAAGGACACAGCUGAAGCGGUCCGGUAUUUUAAAGAUGGCUAUCACGGGAGCGGAAACGACGUCCGACGACGACCACGGGGAGCCGUUCGUGCUCCGUGCUACCAAAAUAGCCGCCGUGGUGGCGCUCUACUGGUUCAUUUCAAUAACUAUGGUGUUCCUCAACAGCUACCUGCUGGACAACAAAGACUUGAACGCCCCACUGUUUGUCACUUUUUACCAAUGUUUGGUUUCUGUGGGACUCUGCGGCUUCAUGCAGCUGCUGUCAACGAUAAAGCCGGGACUCAUCGACGUUCCGUCCGUCAACUUUGAAUUGAAGACGUCCCGGGAAGUCCUGCCGCUGUCCAUCGUCUUCAUCGGCAUGAUCACCUUCAACAACUUGUGUCUAAAAUAUGUGGGCGUGGCUUUCUACACCAUCGGCCGCUCGCUCAGCACUGUUUUCAACGUGCUGCUGUCCUUCAUCAUCCUCAAACAGUCCACGUCGCUGCAGGCUCUGGUCUGCUGUGGGAUCAUUCUGGGGGGUUUCUGGCUCGGUGUGGACCAAGAAGGCGUGGCGGGGUCCCUCUCGUGGUCAGGGGUGUUUUUUGGCGUGCUGGCGAGUGCCUGCGUCUCUCUUAACGCCAUCUACACUAAGAAAGUGAUGCCUGCUGUUGAUGGGAGCAUCUGGAAGCUGACCUACUACAACAACAUCAACGCAUGCGUCCUCUUCAUCCCGCUCAUCCUCGUGUUCGGCGAGUUGGGACGACUGUCCAGCUUCACCCGCCUGGCUGACCUUAAGUUUUGGGGAAUGAUGACCCUUGGGGGGCUCUUCGGCUUCGCCAUCGGUUACGUCACGGGUCUUCAGAUCAAGUUUACGAGCCCGCUCACUCACAAUGUGUCGGGAACAGCAAAGGCCUGCGCUCAGACAGUCAUCGCGGUGGUGUACAACUCGUCCAGUAAGAGCAUCCUGUGGUGGACCAGUAACAUGAUGGUUCUGGGGGGCUCGUCGGCCUACACGUGGGUCAAAAGUCGGGAAAUGCAGAAGACGUCUCGCAAAGAGCCCCAGGAGCCAGACAAGGAAAAGCUGCUGCAGGGGGAAAAGGGGGAUGCAGGCGUAUGAUAGUUGCUGCUCCGCUGGGGAGUGUCAGCCUCUAGUCAUGUUGUGUUGUGCAGGACUGUUGUGUGGUUCCUAUCACUGUGUCUGGGUUUUUGUGGGUUUUACCUACUGGUUUAAACUGUUUAUGCUCUUGCAUCGUUUCUUUCGAAAGGUUUUCCUUUCAAAUAUAUUGAACACGAUUACGUCCUU